UUGUGUCGGGGAGCGCCGAGCCGCGUUUGUCUGCGCGAGGUGCUCGCCGAGCGGGCGCGGCGGUGGCCGGCCCGGGGUGGAAGUGUCAGCGGUGAUCGCGGCCCGGGCGGGAGGCCGAGGGGGAGGGAGCACGCGCCUGCCGGCCUCGAUCGCUGGCAGGAGGCGGUGUGCAGCGGAGCAACAUGCACAUAGGCGCCCGGCGCCCUCACGACCCCUGCGGAGGGAAAGAGGCCGGGGCCGCGCUGGGGCGGCGGGGAGCAUGAGCGAGGCCGGGGGGCGGCUCGGCGUGGAGCGCUGCUAGGGAGCGGGGCGCGCCGCACACCCGCCGGGGCGCGGCGGAGCGCGGGGAGCCGGGCAGGUCGCGCCUGCGGGCGGGGGCACACCGCCGGGAGCCGUUCGCAUUUCCAACGCCGACGCGAGGGGCCCGGAGCAGCCCCCGGCUCCGGCGCGCCGCCGACAUGGGCAACGCGGGGAGCAUGGAUUCGCAGCAAACCGAUUUCAGGGCGCACAACGUGCCUUUGAAGCUGCCGAUGCCCGAGCCAGGUGAACUGGAGGAGCGAUUUGCCAUCGUGCUGAAUGCGAUGAACCUUCCUCCUGACAAGGCCAGGUUACUGCGGCAGUAUGACAACGAGAAAAAAUGGGAACUGAUUUGUGAUCAGGAGCGAUUCCAGGUGAAGAAUCCUCCCCAUGCAUACCUUCAAAAGCUCAAAGGCUUUGUGGACCCAGCUGUAACCAGGAAGAAAUUCAGACGGCGUGUUCAAGAAUCUACACAAGUGCUAAGAGAACUGGAAAUUUCUUUAAGAACUAACCACAUUGGAUGGGUCAGAGAGUUUUUGAAUGACGAAAACAGGGGUCUUGAUGUUCUAGUGGAAUAUCUGUCAUUUGCACAGUUUUCAGUAACGUUUGUUUGUCGGCAAGGAGUUCCUCUACUAAGUUUUGACUUUGAAAGUAUGGAAAGUACUGUGGAGAGUUUGGUGGACAGAUCAAAGCCCUGGAGUAGGUCUAUCGAGGACCUGCACAGAGGGAACAACCUGCCCUCACCUGUGGGCAACAGUGUCUCCCGCUCUGGAAGACAUUCUGGCCUGCGAUACGCUUCUUUGCCAAGGAGGAGAACUCUGAAAAAUUCAAGAUUAGUGAGUAAGAAAGAUGACAUACAUGUCUGUAUCAUGUGUUUACGUGCCAUCAUGAAUUAUCAGUAUGGUUUCAACAUGGUCAUGUCUCAUCCGCAUGCUGUCAAUGAGAUUGCCCUAAGCUUGAACAAUAAGAAUCCCAGAACAAAAGCCCUUGUUUUAGAACUGUUGGCAGCAGUUUGUCUUGUCAGAGGCGGGCAUGAAAUCAUUUUAUCAGCAUUUGAUAACUUUAAGGAGGUUUGCGGAGAAAAACAGCGCUUUGAGAGGUUGAUGGAACAUUUCAGGAAUGAAGACAAUAACAUAGAUUUUAUGGUGGCCUCUAUGCAGUUUAUUAACAUCGUAGUCCAUUCAGUAGAAGACAUGAAUUUCAGAGUUCACCUCCAAUAUGAAUUUACCAAAUUAGGCCUGGAUGAAUACUUGGACAAGCUGAAACACACAGAGAGUGACAAGCUGCAGGUCCAGAUUCAGGCAUACCUGGACAACGUGUUUGAUGUCGGAGCUCUGCUGGAAGAUGCUGAAACUAAGAAUGCAGCCUUGGAGAGGGUGGAAGAACUGGAAGAAAACAUCUCUCAUUUAUCUGAAAAACUGCAGGACACAGAAAAUGAAGCUAUGUCCAAGAUUGUGGAACUGGAAAAGCAGCUUAUGCAGAGGAACAAGGAGCUGGAUGUCGUUCGAGAAAUCUACAAAGAUGCAAAUACCCAAGUUCAUACCUUAAGAAAAAUGGUCAAAGAAAAAGAAGAAGCCAUUCAAAGACAGUCUACCCUGGAAAAAAAGAUUCAUGAACUGGAGAAACAAGGGACCAUUAAAAUUCAGAAGAAAGGGGAUGGGGACAUUGCCAUACUGCCAGUUGUGGCUUCUGGGACAUUGUCCACGGAGUCCGAAGCGGGAGUGGGUAACUCUGGGGGACCAGUAACGGGGGCCGCCUCCUCAGGAUCCUCGGCCCCUCCUCUGCCACUGCCUCCAUCUUCGGACUCACCUGAGGCAGUGCAAAAUGGUCCCGUAACACCACCUACGCCGCCGACGCCCCCGCCCCCGCCGCCUCCCCCUCCUCCCCCGCCCCCACCACCCCCUCUCCCAGGUCCUGCAGCUGAGACUGCGCCUGCCCCUCCGGUCCCACCCCCUCCUCCUCCCUCGGCACCCCCGCUGCCUGGAACAUCUUCACCCACGGUGGUUUUCAACUCAGGAUUAGCAGCUGUGAAAAUUAAGAAGCCAAUCAAGACGAAGUUCAGAAUGCCGGUGUUUAACUGGGUUGCUCUGAAGCCCAAUCAGAUCAAUGGCACAGUCUUCAACGAAAUUGAUGAUGAGCGAAUUCUGGAGGAUUUAAAUGUGGAUGAAUUUGAGGAAAUAUUCAAGACAAAAGCCCAAGGUCCUGCCAUUGAUCUUUCUUCAAGCAAACAGAAGAUAACACAGAAGGGAUCAAGCAAAGUGACAUUACUAGAAGCAAACAGGGCCAAAAACCUUGCCAUAACGCUAAGGAAAGCCGGGAAGACUGCUGAUGAGAUAUGUAAAGCUAUUCAUGUAUUUGACUUGAAGACGCUGCCUGUAGACUUUGUAGAAUGCUUGAUGCGAUUCUUGCCAACUGAGAAUGAGGUGAAAGUGCUUCGGCUCUAUGAGCGGGAAAGGAAGCCCCUGGAGAACUUGUCGGAUGAAGAUCGGUUCAUGAUGCAGUUCAGUAAAAUCGAGAGGCUCAUGCAGAAGAUGACCAUCAUGGCUUUCAUUGGAAACUUUGCUGAAAGCAUUCAGAUGCUGACUCCUCAACUACAUGCAAUUAUAGCAGCAUCUGUCUCCAUAAAGUCAUCCCAGAAGCUCAAGAAAAUUCUGGAGAUCAUCCUGGCCCUUGGAAACUACAUGAAUAGCAGCAAAAGAGGAGCAGUUUAUGGAUUUAAACUUCAGAGUUUAGAUCUGCUCUUAGAUACAAAGUCAACAGACCGAAAGCAAACGCUGCUGCACUAUAUAUCAAAUGUUGUAAAAGAAAAAUAUCACCAAGUGUCCCUGUUUCAUAAUGAGCUUCAUUACGUGGAAAAAGCUGCUGCAGUCUCCCUUGAGAAUGUUCUCCUGGAUGUCAAGGAGCUCCAGAGGGGCAUGGACUUGACCAAGAGGGAGUACACCAUGCACGACCACAACACGCUGCUGAAGGAGUUCAUCCUCAACAACGAGGGAAAGCUAAAGAAGCUGCAGGACGAUGCCAAGAUUGCACAGGAUGCCUUUGAUGAUGUCGUGAAGUAUUUUGGAGAAAACCCCAAGACAACACCACCCUCUGUCUUCUUUCCUGUCUUCGUCCGCUUUGUGAAAGCAUAUAAGCAAGCAGAGGAGGAAAACGAGCUGAGGAAAAAGCAGGAACAAGCUCUCAUGGAAAAACUCCUGGAGCAAGAGGCUCUGAUGGAGCAGCAGGACCCAAAGUCUCCUUCCCAUAAAUCAAAGAGACAGCAGCAAGAGUUAAUUGCAGAAUUAAGAAGGCGACAAGUGAAAGAUAACAGACAUGUAUAUGAGGGAAAAGAUGGUGCCAUUGAAGAUAUUAUCACAGCCUUAAAGAAGAAUAAUAUCACUAAAUUUCCAAAUGUUCACUCGAGGGUAAGGAUUUCUUCUAGCACACCGGUGGUGGAGGAUACACAGAGCUGAUCUUAGAAACCAACCAUAUCGACGAGCCGAUGCGGUGAGGAGAAGUGUCAGGCGGCGCUUUGAUGAUCAGAACUUGCGUUCUGUUAAUGGCGCAGAAAUAACGAUGUGAACCCAAGACCUGCCUGCAUGAAUAGAGGGUGUGCGUGAACAAAACUGCCCACGUGAACUUCAUGUGUUAUCAUUUAACUGCAGCCUUGAAUACAUAAAAUAUUCUUAAAGGCUCAGAAUUAGCAAACACAUAGGAAUUUAAAAAUGAUGGGCUCUCCUUUCAACCCUUGUUAACAAGUGCCUGAAAAUGGAAGUACCUGCUCAGAUUAAUCAAAGCAAUAGGAUUUGAUUUGAUUAGGUAUCUUUUUACACACCAGUAUGUUAUUUUUUCUUAACCAAAAUGUAUAUUUCACAUUAAAUCCAUUACCUGCCAUUGUGAUUGAUUGUCCCAUGAUGGCCCACCCUGGUUUCCUGAUAAGUUGUAAAUAACAUGGAUGCAUCAGAUUAAUUUUGUGUUUCAGCCAUAUCCAUAUUCACCUUUGUGUUUCUAAAGACUUGCAACAUGGAAGAAGGGAAAAGUCACAAGAUAAACUCCUUUGGUCCAUAACCAAGCUCUAGCAAAGUGCAAACAGGAUGCAACUGCAGUGGCACAAGUCACUCAAACUCUUUCUAGUUUCACAUUCUAUUUCUGUGCUAGGGAAGGAUGCGCUGUGAGAGAUGUUCACCAGUGUGAAUGCAAGGAUAUGAUGGCAUAAAAUGUUGUAUAAGACUUAUUUGCAGUACUAUGCUCUUCAGCUUAAAGCAGCUUUUUAAUGCAAAUAUAUUUAUUAAUUAGCACUAAAAUUAACAUCUCAGUGAUCAGUGUUAGGAUUUCUGAGGACCAUUAUGGGUUAAUCCUGAUAAUAGAAAUGGGUGCCUUGCUAGCCAGGGAGAAGUUUUCUAGCUCUAUCAAGUAUUCAAGGUUACAUCUGCUAACAGAGUAGCGUUAGGAACCUGGCCUUUAUUCUCCUCUGACAAUCGCAGGAUUUUUCAUUUCUUUUUUCCUUUUGUAAAUUGGAGAAGAUACAUUUGGCAUCAUGUAUCAAAGCUAAAUUAUUCCUGCAUUUCCCAGACCACUUAUAGGGAAUUGCAAUAAAGUCACUGAAAAAUGUUAACAUUGAUAUUGUAUACUUAAAUAAUAUGCAGUGGGACUAAAUGGCCAAUUAAGCCACUGUUUUUCCUUCCUCUCUGGCAGGGCACUUGAUCCAUUCCAAAGUCAAAAACUGGACUGAAGCUAAAUUUGUACUUUUCAUAAUAUACAUUCUGCUUUUGGCUUGCCUUCUUGGUACCUUACAUCAGUAUAUUAAUUGUAAAGUUUAUUGUAUAGUAUUUAACCACUGAGUUUCUUAUUUUAUGUUGUGCCUAUGUGAACCCCUUGGUGAAGGUCCCUUUUCCUUGGAUAAUGUGUAGUUAUAUGAUCUUCUUAAAUGUACAGAUAUUUUGCUAUGAAAUUGGUGUUUUUUAUGGUUUUUACACUUCUCUUUAAUUCCCACCUAAGCCUCUAGGUAAUACUGUAAAUAUUGUUUAAAAAUGCAUCAGCCUAUGCUAUACAAUCUGAAUGUUAUUUUAACUUAUAGGUUUUUUUUUUGUUUUAAUAUAUAUAUUUAACUACAAGGACAGCUUAGGGAUCAGUUACCACACUUCACUUUAGCAUACCUAUUUACAGAAAGAUUACUUUUAAACUGCCACCUGGGGGCACACUUCCAUAAAUGUGUACUUUAAAAAGAACGUGCCAAGAUUUUGUCUUUCUGUUGACUUAACAUUCAUUUUGAUGAAAAUACCAAUUUGACCACAACAUGUAACACAAAUAGUUGGACCUUUACCAUAAAGCAGCUGAUUUCCAAAACUCAAUGCUGACAUGUGCAUGUUAAAAUAAUUGCCUAUUUAUUAUUCUACAAAGAGACAAUAAUGUUGGCAUGUUCUUUUCUGUUUGUCUAUUAAUGGGCUUGCUUCUUAGCAAUAUUAGAAAUGUUUUAUAAAAGCAAUUCAUGUUACUUUUCUGGUCUUUUCAUGGCAUAUGAGCAAAUAAAAACUAUUUACACUACUA